AUGAAUUCAAUUAAAUUAAAAGUAGCAUGUCUUCAAUAUAAUCCUAGGAUUGGACAGAUCGAAUCCAAUAUUGUCAAAGUUAAGCAAUUAUUAUCAAAGGCAAUUAAACGAGAUCACCUCGAUGAAAAAUCAAUCGAUAUGAUAGUAUUACCAGAAUUAGCCAUCACUGGAUACAAUUUCAAGAAUAAACAAGAAAUUGAAUCAAGUUUGAAUAAUUUAGAUGCGCUUUCUGGUCAAUCGAUUAAAUUCGGUCAAGAAUUAUCUCAAUUAUAUCAAUGUUUUAUCGUGAUGGGAUAUCCUGAACUUAAAAAUCAAAAAAUAUAUAAUAGUUGUUUAUUAAUCUCACCCCAGGGAUCUAUCUUACAUAAUUAUCGAAAAUCAUUCUUAUAUGAGACAGAUGAAGUAUGGGGAUGUAAUGAAAAUCCCGAGCGGGGAUUUAAAUCACUUGAUAUUAUCCUUGAUCGAGAAUAUUAUCUUCAAAGAGAUACAACAAAGAUUUAUCCUAAAGUGAGAGUUAAUUUCGGGAUCUGUAUGGAUUUAAAUCCUUAUAAAUUCGAAGCACCAUUCAAUGCCUUUGAAUUCUCUCUUAGUUGUUAUCAACAAUUAUCGAAAUUAAUCAUAUGUCCCAUGGCAUGGUUAUCACCUCAACUGCCAUCAAUUACGAAAGAAACAGGUGGACUCAAGAUUGAAAAUGAUUCUGAACCUGAUACUUCAACUGUCAAUUAUUGGAUAUUGAGAUUCUUCCCAUUUUUAAAUCAUAAGAAUAGUAUAUUACCUAAGAAUUUCGAAAAAGUGAAUGUUAUAUGUUGUAAUAGAGUUGGAUUAGAAGAUGAUGUAUUAUAUGGUGGGUCUACAUCUAUAUUUGAAUUCAAUGGCAAUGAUGGUUUAAUUAGUAAUGCGGAAAUUGAUGAUAAGAAUCCCAGUGUUAAAGUUUUAGGAAGUUUAGGGAAGAAUAAUGAAGAAGUUUUAAUAAAGGAUAUUGAAGUGGAGAUUAAUUAG